CGUCAUCGAAGUGGUCACUACGCGUGUGUGCCCACACAGGUGUUUAUGUUUGAUAACCCCUGGAGUUCCGACUCUCCUUUAUCGCGAUCAAGUGGAUCUACAAGCAAAAGCCCAGAAUGGCAGGAAAGGGAAAGACUGUUGCAGUUGUCAUGCUGCUAACACUUGCCGACCUCGCUGCUAACACAGUCUUCUACAUGCACGGUGUGGACGUGUACAAGUUCAUGUACGGCAUCAACUUCUUCAGCAUGUUUACCUCCAUGUUCGACACCUGGGUGCUGGGGGUACUCAGGGUGUGUGUGAUGCUCGGAGCUGUCCUGUCAGUGCUGUGCAACACACAGGAUGCUGUUCCGAGGAUCAAGCUGUCACAGUCCUGGGUCAGCAUGUAUCCAGCCGCUGUCUUUGCGUACACCGUGACGAAGCUGCUGCUGUAUGCUGAGAAGGAAGAGGACAUUCUGCCCAAACUGUGGUUCUGGGCACAGUUUGGAGGGAGUCUAGUGGGAUGUGUUGUAUUUUACUUCAACUGGAUUUUACUUUCUAAGAUCAGUACAAAGCCAUACUUAAGCGUGAACAAGGAGGAGGGAACAGAGGAAGAAAUAAAAGGCCUAGUUGGGGAUGAAGAACCAAAUGACAAGAAGAAAAAGAGGAAGAAAGAAAAAGAUGAAGAUGGCAAGUCUGCUGUGUUGAAAUUGAUGUCUUACUCCAAACCUGACCUGCCGUACCUCCUCACAGCCACCGCCUUUCUGCUUGGAGCUGCUGUUAGUGACAUCUUUGAGCCUUACUACACUGGCCAGGUGAUUGAUGGGAUAGCCAUUGAGAAGUCACAGGAAAAGUUCACCCGAGCCAUCAUCAUCAUGACACUGCUGUCCAUAACAAGUGGUGUGUGUGCAGGUCUGAGGGGUGGUCUGUUCUCCGUCUGUAUGGCCAGACUGAACAUACGACUACGCAACCUCCUCUUCAAGUCUGUCACCCAACAGGAGAUAGGCUUCUUCGACAGCGUAAAAACAGGCGACAUCACAUCUCGGUUGACCUCUGACACCUCCACCAUGUCUGACAUGCUGUCCCUGAACCUGAACAUUUUCCUUCGGAGCUUUGUGAGAGGAGCAGGCACCCUCUUCUUCAUGUUCAAGUUGUCAUGGCAACUCACCAUCUUCACGUUAGUGAUUGUCCCUGUUGUUGCUGGUGUGUCCAAAAUCUAUGGAAAGUACUUUAAGAAAUUAUCCAAGGCUGUACAGGACUCCCUUGCCAGAGCAAACGAGGUAGCAGAGGAGACAGUUGCAUCUUUGAGGACAGUUCGCAGCUUUGCACAUGAGAAUGGGGAGUGUGACAGAUACAGAGAAAAGCUGAAGGCUACCUAUAAACUUAAUAUCAAGGAGGCCCUUGCCUACGGAGGCUACUCAAUGACAACACAUACUCUGGAGCUUGCCAUGGUGGUGUUGACCCUGUACUAUGGUGGCCAUCUUGUCAUCACAAACAGACUUACAGGAGGGAACCUGGUGUCCUUCAUACUGUACCAAAUGGAGCUGGGAGAUGCUAUAGAGGACAUGGGAUCUGUCUACACUGGUCUCAUGCAAGCAGUUGGGGCAUCAGAGAAGGUUUUUGAGUACAUUGAUCGCAAGCCUGAGGUGCAGAACAAUGGUUUACUGGCACCUGACAAGCUGGAAGGACACAUAGAGUUCAAAGAUGUGUGCUUUGCCUACCCAGCUAGGAAAGAUAUUCCAGUUUUAAAGGAUGUUUCUUUUGAGGUGUCUCCUGGCGAAGUUGUUGCCCUGGUUGGCCCCAGUGGCAGUGGGAAGAGCACCUGUGUCAACCUGCUGGAACACUUCUAUGAGACCACGUCAGGCCAGGUGCUGCUAGACGGUAACCCCAUCAUGGCGUAUGAUCACAAGUUUCUGCACCGAAUGAUUGCUCUGGUAGGACAAGAGCCGGUGCUGUUUGCCCGCUCCAUCAAGGACAACAUCUCCUACGCCCUGAACAACUGCAGCCUGGAGGAGGUGCAGCAGGUUGCUAGGCAGGCCAACGCCCAUCAGUUCAUCGCGGAGCUGCCUGAGGGGUACGAGACGGAGACUGGGGAGAAGGGGAUGCAGCUGUCGGGGGGACAGAAGCAGAGGGUGGCGAUCGCCCGGGCGCUGAUCAGGAGACCAGCGGUGCUGCUACUGGACGAGGCCACCAGCGCUUUGGAUGCCGAGAGUGAACACUUGGUCCAGCAGGCUAUCCAAAACCUGCACGGACACACGGUCAUCCUCAUCGCCCACCGGCUGAGCACCGUGGAGAGGGCUGACCGCAUCAUUGUCAUCGACAGGGGCAGCGUGGUGGAGCAGGGGCGGCACCGGGAGCUGAUGCAGCAGGACGGGCUGUACGCCAAGCUGGUCCAGCGACAGCUACUCGGCUUGGACAGCAAGGAGGAGGACAGUACAGCAGAGGCAGAACCGACAGCCAACAGCCAGUAUGGGUCGAUGAAGGCCAGUCGUGGUCGGUUGAAAAGUGGUUCGAGCUCAGAUUCAGACUCAGAUUCAGACAGUUCUGGAUCAGAUGUUGCAAUAAGAGUUUAAGUAGGAGCAAGAAGGGAGAUUUACAAUUUUUAUCUCAGAUGGACUAUUUAGUGUGGACAUCAUGAUAUUUUUUAUUAUUAUUGCUUCUCAGUGAAACCGUACACGUUUAGGCAGAAGUACAUGUAAGAGUUGGUAUUUACUAUAAGUUUUAUAUUAGGUGGACUGUUCAUGUGAUAUCUUCUAUUAUCUAUUAUCUACAUUAUCUUCUAUUUUUGCUUCUCAGGUAAACCAUAUUGUUUAUCCGUAAUGAGAUUUGUGAUGGUGAUAUUUAUGCAGUGUCUUAAACAAACUUCAGUGACUGUGUGUCAAAUGUUUUUGAAUUGAGUUGUGGUCAGUUUUUGCAAAGAAAGAGGAUAGGAUAUAUAUAAGUUGACCGGAGCUGUGCAAUGAAUUUAUCCUACAUGGACUCGAAAUCUUAACAAGAUAAAACAUUUUACUGUUAUUGCGUAGGCAGACCAUGCUACCUACAUGUGUCUACACGACUUCUAUUAUUGAACCUCCUAUAUAGGAUGGUAAGUAUAACCAUGGAGCUUUUGGAAAUGGUUGCAUUUAGAAAAGGUGUAUUGCUAGUAUGUGGAAGGAUGGGUGAUGUUGUCAGAGAAACACAAACAAUAAAGGACUAUUUUUUGUCACACAGCAGACACCCAGACUUGCAGUGACUGACUUUAAUUUUCUACAACUUGUUUGUUGUACAUCAUUGCCACAUACAUGUACGUGCAAGUCUGUGACUAUCUCUCACUACCAGGGGCUACAUAUAUAAUUGUCCCCCUCCUCUAGUAGAGCCAAUCAGUCAGAUGGCUUGCAAGGAGCGUAAUUACGUCAGUAGAAUUACCAAGUAAUUCCUGAAACUUUAUCUACAGACCAAGGUGCAAGCAUCCCCUAACAUUGUUUUCCUGGUAGUAUAGCUGCCGUAUCUUAGUAGCACUUAAUCAUCUCGAUGUCACAGUUCACACUGAUGAGUCGUUUUGAGGGCUGAAAAGCCCUAGGUUUACUUUCCGCUGGAAGAGUCCUUUCAUCUACCAGUAAUCUCCAAGCAGAUCUUUCGGGGGCCGCAAAGACACGGUAGCAAAUUGGCCAGGCUGUAUUCUUCAUUGGCCAGACAGUUAGCAUUUCGCCACCGAAGAA